ACUCACCCUCCCUAUCGAAUCCGUAUAUGUCAUGUGACUUUGUUUAUCUCGGUCAAAAUGGUUGACCUCAUCAGUUUUGUCCCAGCUAGCAAGGUUUUAGAAGUUUUAAAGUAUGAAUCCCUAAUCGAUACCAUUGAAUUAGCGUUCAAGAAGUUUUCUUCACGUCCCGAGUCUGGAGUCUGCCAACCGAUGAGAAGUGUCAUUUUUGUUCCACCUACAAAUGGAUUUUUGGGAGUUAUGCCUGGCUACAGUCAACACGAUGAUGUUCUGGCAACCAAGCUGGUCUCAUUUUUUCCCCAGAAUAAAGAUUUACCAACACACAAUGCUGUUAUCCUGAUGUUUGACGUCCAUAAUGGAUUACCUAAAACUAUCUUGGAUGGAGAGGUGAUCACAAUGAUGAGGACGGCAGCAGCAUCGGCCGUGGCUACCAAGUACCUGUCUCCCCCGAACUCCACGACUCUCGCCAUCCUUGGUGCAGGCGUCCAGGCCAGGUCUCACUUCCACGCCCUUACUCAAGUCAGAACAUUCAGCCAGGUGAGACUGUGGAACUGGAGAAGGGAACGAGCAGACGUUCUGGCUGCUGAGAUUGGAGGCACAGCUUUUGACACUGCAGAGGAGGCUGUCCGUGAUGCCGAUGUCAUCGUCACUGUGACAUCAUCAUCAACACCGGUGUUGAAGAAAAACUGGGUUAAGCCUGGGACCCACAUCAAUGCCGUGGGUGCCUGUCGACCAGAUUGGCAUGAGAUCGAUCCAGACUUGAUGCUCCACAGCGUGGUGUAUGCUGACAGCUAUGAAGGCGGGUACAAGGAAAGUGGCGACAUUGUCUUGUCUAAGGCAGAGAUAUAUGCAGAACUAGGGGAGGUAAUUCUCGGGAAGAAGGAAGCUCACAAAGACAAGACAACUGUCUUCAAAUCUCUUGGUCUCGGUAUCCAGGAUGUUGUCUCUGCCAAGCUGGUGAUGGAUAAAAUAGAGAUGCAGCAGGCUUGAGCCUUGGAUGGAGCAUGAGUCUGUCUCACAUACGUCUCUCUGAAUGGCAAAUGCAAACACAAAGAGCGACAGUGAGUCCAAACAAGAGGCUGGGGACUUUCUCGCAGAGAUAUGUUGGUGCUAGUCAUACUGUCAAGAUUGGUUUGAGGAUUCCCUGGCAGAUUUUGUGAUAUAUCCAGAAGCUGAUAAUCAGUCCUAUCCACAUUAUGCAGAGGUUUAUCUUUAUUUAUGUUUUUCUGUCACUUUUUUUCAACCACCAACUCCUACCCUUAUACACCAAUAUACCAGACCAACUGAACCACUUUUUGCACUGUGAGUCACUAUAUAUAAUAAUCCUAAGGCCAUUGUAAAUCCUUUAGAUUUUUGUUCCCAACGUAACAAAACUACCUCGAGAUCAGUGGUCACAGGUACCUUCAGAUGAAAGACAUCACUAUGUAUGUUCUCUUUAUGUCAUAAAAAAAACAAUUUUAUUUAGUCCUUCCAAACAUUCUUCUCUUAUUUAACACAUCUGUCAACACUUUAUGCAUGCAGUCCAUAACAAAGACCAUCACUAUGUGUGUCCUCGUACAAUUUCUUAAGAAAAAAAUGAAAUAUUAAUAUAUAAUCCUGUCUACCCCAUAAUUAUAUAACACAUUGAUAGAAAACAAAAGUUGUGCCUUAUCUAUGGAUGUAUCAUUAGAUAAUCAGAGGUAAAGCCCAAGAGUUUAUGUGAAAUUUCUGCCUGAAAAUGGAACAAAAGUAUAUAUUGUUUGAUUACAAAUCAGUUACAUGUACAUGUAUAUGAUGGUGAAUUUUGAGGAUGAUCUCAGAUUUAGGUGAGUGCAUCCACUGUUUUAUGAUUGAGUGAGUUUGUUAGUGAUAAUUGCUGAUCAUGAUAUCAGCAGUCUUGCAGUCAGUUCUUGCUGUAUUUUAGCAUGAAAGGUAAUAGUGUGCUUAGUGGGUAAUACAUGUGCUUCAGUUUUUGCAAUAAUAAUAUGAAGCAAGCAACAGUAGUAAUAUUAUGUUAUUAUCUCAUUUUGUCAAAUUUAUUGACAUUGAGCAGACCAGUUAUGAUUUAUAUCUUGCCUCAUCUUGUUUUAGCAUGUUUAUGCAGAAAAGUCCCACUCAGUACAAUGUAAUUGUACGUAGAUGUUAUUCCUUAUUUUGUUUAUUAUAGAUGUGUACGUGCUUCUAGUCCUUGAUUAUACUCCAUGCUUAAAGACACCCAAUAACCGUGUAACUUGUCAAAUCUUAAAGCUGGGUAAGUGUACAUGAGCUGGUAGAAUUGCGUUCACCAUGUACUACUGACUGAUUCGGGAGUUAUGUGGCGUAGGCAGUAAUAUUGGUGCUCUUGGUCAUAAUCGCUUGAACAAUAUAUCAUUGUCUUCUUGUGACUACAGCCCAUCUCUGCCUAGAUGACAGCCUAGAGAGCGGGACCUCGAUCCACAAAGUGUUUGUAACGUUACAACCUGUCGUAACUCUAUAGUUUUUUCAUAGGCUUACAAAUGUCGUAGUGCUACGAAAGUUUUGCGCAUCGGGACCCUUGGUUACUGGGUCUCCUUUUCAAACUGCGACAUGGUUACUGGGUCUCCUUGUCAAACUGCGACAUGGUUGCUGGGUCUCCUUGUCAAACUGUGACAUGGUUACUGGGUCUCCUUGUCAAACUGUGAAAUGGUUACUGGGUCUCCUUGUCAAACUGUGACAUGGUUGCUGGGUCUCCUUGUCAAACUGUGACAUGGUUACUGGGUCUCCUUGUCAAAGUGCGACAUGGUUACUGGGUCUCCUUGUCAAACUGACAUGGUUACUGAAUGUGAUAACAAAUUUGGCCAGUUACCGUAGACACUGGUCGGCUUAUCGAUAGGUUACACUUUCAUCAAACUUUUUUUCAGGGUUUGAAAACAUUGUAUCGCUUCAUGUGAACAAACAACAGAAGAUGACUUUGUCAGUAAAGACAUCAAAUUCUAGUUUGUUUUUGCUAGGCAGUGUCUUAUAUGCAGGGAUUAAGAUUAACGUGUGUAUUUGUCUCGUAUACAGAGCCAGAAAUAGCAAUCAGCUGUGCACACGUUCCCCCGCGACCUACCUGUAAUUUAGUUAAAACAUACGCAGUAAUAUAAGUAGAUGAAUUCUGUUGCAGUGAUCGGAACAAUACAGUAUCUGAACUAUUAUUGUAUAAAGAGAAAUAUAUUUUAGGUAAUAAUCAGGGUAAUAAUCAUCGCAGUUCAUCCCCAUUUGAACUCACGUCAUGUGACCAUCAUGAUAUCAGAAUGAUAUCACCAUCAUUUGACUACAUCUGUUGAUCAGGCUUGACCAGUGGCUAAGCGUUUGGAAUUAUAACACUGAUUAAAUUACCAGACAAUCAGAAUAUAAAAUAAUCAAGUUUCUACAAUGUGAAUAUACUGUUACUCACUUACUUGCUAGGUGAUAUACAGUUUACUGCUUUAUUCGAUGUUAUAACAAUCAGACAGUAGUCAGUGUUAUACGACCAGAGUUCAUUUCUUUGUUAUUCCAGUCCUCAUGAAAGACAAAGAAAAUAUUAUGUCAGUCAAAUAUAUCACUAGUCUAAGAUGGGGAUUGGACUUGUUUUCCAACAAUCCUGUGGAGAAAUUUCAUGUCUGUGAAAUACCACCUACCAUAUCUCAAGCUUGAAGAAUUGAUGAAUUGAUUUCAAGUAUUUCCAUGGACUGUGUCUCCAUAUGAAUGUAACAAUAUGUCAUAUAUUUCAUAUACCCGGUAUCCAUAGGAACAGGUAUCAGUAUUAAUUUUUAAUUUUCUGGCGUAAGCCAUGCUCAGUAAUACUCAUGAUUAGUACAAUGUUUCAUAGCUUGCCAAAGUAAAUAUGUAAUCACUGUUUUCUGAUAUUUAUGCAGCUGAUUUUAACCACAUUUUAAUGCAUUUUGUUGUUGUUGAUAUCUCCAUGGGUGUGUUUUAACCUAGUUUUCAAAUGCAGCAAAUAAAUUUACACAAAUUUU